AUGUCUGGCUGCUGUUAUUCUAGGAAAUGCCCCUCCCUGCCAGCCGUCUCUCUCUGCUCUACUGAGGUGAGCUGUGGAGGACCCAUCUGCCUCCCCAGCUCCUGCCGGAGCCAGACGUGGCAGCUGGUGACCUGUGAUGACAGCUGUGGGUCAUCGAGCUGUGGCUCACAGUGCUGUCAGCCUUCGUGUUCUGCGGGCAGUUGCUGCCAGCCGGUGUGCUGCGGGGCCGCCGUGUGUGAGCCUUCCUGUUCUGUGAGCAGCUGUGUUCAACCUGUGUGUUUCGAGGCCACCAUUUGCGAGCCUUCCUGCUCAGUGAGCACCUGUGCUCAACCAGUGUGCUGUGAGGCCACCGGGUGCCAGCCUUCUUGUUCCGUGAGCAGCUGCCAGCCUGUGUGUUGUGAGGCCACAUCCUGCCAGCCAGUACUCUGCCUGGCUACAUCCUGCCAGCCAGUGAUCUGUGAGCCCAGCUGUUGCUCAGCUGUCUGCACUGUGCCUGUCUCCUGCCAACCGAUGAUCUGUGAGCCCGUGGUCUGUGAGCCCGUGGUCUGUGAGCCUGCCUGCUGCCAGCCAGUGUGCCCGACACCUAGCUGCUGUCCAUCUGUCUGCUCUGCAGCCAGUAGCUGCCAGCCAGUCUGCUGUGACUCCAGUCCCUGCGAGCCACCCUGCGAGCCACCUUGCUCAGAGGCCAGUGCUUGUCAGCCAGCUGCCUGUAUGGCUCUGGUGUGUGAGCCUGUUUGUCUCCGCCCUUGCGAGCCACCGUGCAUCUCUAGCAGCUGCCAAGACUCCUCAUGUGGUGUCUCCACUAUCUGCCAGCCCGUCUGCCCUGAGCCCAGUCCUUGCCUACCAUCGGUGUGCGUACCCAGCCCAUGCCAGUCUUCGUGCUACAUAGUCAAACGAUGCCGUUCUGUCUGCGGUGAGCCUGUUUCCUGUCCAUCUACCUCCUGCCAACCUGUCUGCUGCCGUCCGGGGUCCUCUGCAUCUGCCGUCUGCCAACCAGCUUGCCCCCCUCGGACUUUCUACAUACCCAGCUCCUGCAGGCAGCCUUGUAGUCCAGUUUCCUGCCGUCCCAUCUGCCGCCCAUCUGUCUGCUCUGGACCCAUCACCAUCAGGCAGCCAUAUGUGACAUCCAUCACUUACCGCCCUGCCUGCUACCGCUCCUGCUAUUCCAUACUGCGCCGCCCCACCUGCCUGGCUUCUUACUCCUACCGUCCCGUCUGCUCCCGCCAGCCUUGUGCCGAUCCGGACAACGCUAAGCGCGAGGGCAAAAAGUCGACUUCUAGCCAACCCGACUGUGCUGAUUCAACGCCCUGUAAGCCCGAGGUCUCAGAUGAGACUCCCUGCCAGCCCUCUGAGCUCAAACCCGCCAGUCCGAUCACCCGCGAGGCUGCAGCCCCCCAGUCUGCCGCCGGCAAGCCCGCUGACCGCUGA